AUGGCGCUCCUCAUCCGCGCGCCGCUCACCUCCUUCGACGACGACGACGACGACGGCAGCGACGAGUACGGCUCCUCGCUCUCCUCGGGCGCCUCCUCCCCGUCCCUCUCCCCCUCGCCCCCCACCCCGGCGGCCCCGCGCCCGCGGGCCGCCGCGCUCCUCGGCGCGCCGCGCGUGGCCGCGCAGCUCUCGUCCUCGGCCUCGGACGACGGCGGCAGCGACGGCAGCGACCUGUACGACGACGCCGCCGACGGCCUCGGGGACGAGGUCCUCGAGGAGGUCUCCAACGGCUUCUUCCGCAUCGCCAGGGUGCCCCCGCCGCCGCCCUCCCCCUCCGACGACGACGGCCCGAUCUCCUCCGCCGACGACGACCCCCCCGCGUCGGCGUCGGCGUCGGCGUCCGGGGAGAGCGAGUACUUCGGCGCCACGGAGGGCUCCUCGGACGAGGGCUUCUCGGCCGCCACGAGCGAUGUGUUCGAUGCCGACGCGGGGAGCGGAUUGGAGGAGGAUGGUGGCGGCGCCGUUGUCGCCGUGGGCGGCAAGGGCGCCGAGGGCUCGCUUGACGGGAGCUUCCUGAGCUCCAUGAGCGCGCUCGACGACGCCGAGGCCUCCUCCGCGUUUGGUGAUUCGGUAAAUCUCUCGGAUGGUCCUGCCAUGAAGGGUAACGCUGGUGCUAGGGAUGCUGGUGCUGAGGCUGUGGACGAUGUGCCGCCUGAGCCUUCCGUUGGUGACGGUGGGAGCAUUGACGAUGGCGGUGUGCGCAUUGCAGAUGCUACCGAGGGGAAUGCUGCAGAGCAGCCUGAGCAGGAGGUUGCUGAAUUGCCCCCCGGAGUGAAUUCUACAGAAGAAGAAGGAUAUGCUGGUCUUGAAUUUCUCGAACCCAAUGGUGCACAAGCAGAAGGUACUCGUCCUGAACUUGGCAAUUCUGACUCUGAUGCAAUAGAUAACAUGCCUGAGCAUGAAGUUGCCACACCUGCUGAAGACGCCAGUCCUCAACAUGUUGCCACAGUUGAGCUUGCGGAGGUUCAUACCAAUGUUGAUAGCCCACAUCCGUAUGCUGACGGUCAGAGUAAGAUAGGCGGGGAAACUCAUGGUCAUUAUGAAGCUUCUGAUGAUCCUGCGUCCACACCAACCCUUGGGACUGCCAAUGCUCUGGAAUUUCUUGGAAAAGAAACAGAGGACAAUGAGCCUGCUUCCAAGGGCACACGCUUUGGUUUGGAUGAUUCAGACGAGGACCAGUUGAGUGAUGAUUACGAAGAGGAAGAGUUGAGCAGAAAGGAUGUUGAGCUUUUCGAUUAUGCAGCUUUAGCUGAGCUUCUGAGGGCGGCCAACGCAUCACCUGCACAAGGCAAGGCCAAGGUCUUCCCAUUUGAAAAUUCCGAGUCCGUGCAACCUUCUCCUACCGUGGUCAGCCUUCCCAGGACAAGUGUGGCUUCUGCUCCUGCGCUGGAUGUGGUUGCUGACCCGGAGAGUGCGAUGACUGAUGAGGAGAGGAAGUUGUACGCAAAGGUGGACAUGGCACGCAUCAAGUAUUUACGUCUUGUUCAUAGAGUAGGGUAUGACACCGAACAUCGGGUGCCUGUACAAGUGUUGUAUCGGCUUAGUCUUGUUGAAGGCUUCAGGCGCAUAAGGAUGGCAGACCAUUCCUCGGAGCUUGAGAAUGCAUGGAACAGGGCUUUGCAGCUUGAGGCGGAGGGAACAGAUAACUUGGAAUUCUCCUGCAAUGUGUUGGUCCUUGGGAAGACAGGGGUGGGGAAGAGUGCAACCAUAAACUCCAUCUUUGGCGAGGAUAGGUCAGUUACGAAUGCUUUUGUGCCAGCAACAUGUACUGUGAAGGAGAUAGCUGGAGUCGUUGGUGGUGUUAAAUUUCGUGUUAUUGACACUCCGGGACUUGGGACUACAGUUAUGGAUCAAAAAUCAAAUAGGAAAGUGCUCAAGUCUAUUAAGAGGUACAUGAAGAAAUGCCCUCCUGACAUCGUUCUGUAUGUCGAUCGGAUCGAUACGGAACGGCAGGGUGCAAACGACCUAUCCCUAAUGCGAUGUAUUACCAGUGUGCUAGGCCUAUCAAUAUGGCAGAAAGUCAUUAUCACUCUUACUCACUCAGCAGCAGAUCCUCCUGAAGGACCCAGUGGCUCCCCAAUGAACUAUGAGAUGGCCGUGAACCAUCGGACUCGUGCGCUGCAGCAAAGCAUCCGGCAGACUACUAAUGACGCACGGAUGGAGAAUCCAGUGGCUCUUGUGGAGAACCACCACCUUUGUGAGAGGAACACGGAGGGUGAAAAGGUGCUUCCUGAUGGCCUUAUUUGGAGGCGUCUGCUCCUGCUCCUAUGUUACUCACUGAAGACGGUUGCUGAGAUUGAUAGUCUUUCAACCCGCCGUGCUGCUUCUGCAAGCCUCUUUGGUGUCCGUCUUCAGACUCCUCCACUUCCUUACUUCUUAUCAUCUUUGUUGCAAUCUAGAGAGCACCCCAGGCAUGCAAGCGAACAGAAGCUUGAAAGCGUGGACUCAAAUGCUGAUAUUGAUGAAAUGGUUGAUGAGGAUCAAGAGGAUGAAGAAUAUGACUAUGAUCAACUUCCUCCCUUUAAGCCAUUAAGUAAAUCACAGGUUGCAAAACUCUCCAAAGAGCAACAGAAAUUGUAUUUUGAUGAGUAUGACUACCGAACCAAGCUUCUUCAGAAGAAACAGUUGAAGGAACAACGCAGAAGAUUAAAAGAAAUGAAGAAGAGCGAGGGCAAUAAUCAUGUUGUACCUGAGAACAAUGAUCAUCCUGAUGAUGAGUAUGACAACGAUAGAUCUCCUAUGCCAGACUGGGCCUUGCCAUCCUCAUUUGAUUCCGAUGAUCCAGUAUACCGUUAUCGGUGUCUUGAGCCUACAGCGAACCUUCUCGUACGUGCUGUUACCAACCCUGAAGGAUGGGAUCAUGAUUGUGGGUUUGACGGUGUCAGCCUCCAGUACAGCCAUGAUAUUGCCAAUUCAUUUCCAGGUUUGCUGUGGGUCCAAGUCAACAAGGACAAGAGAGAAUUUAGCAUUAAUUUGGAGUCCUCAAUAUCAGCUAAGCAUAGCGAGUAUGCUUCAACCCUUGCAGGCUUUGACAUACAAGCCAUGAUGGACCAGCAUGCUUACACUCUCAGAGGGGAAACCAAAUUCAAGAAUGCCAAGAAAAAUGCCACUACUGGAGGUUUGUCCAUGACUUCAGUGGGUAACACCAUGGUGACAGGAGCGAAGUUUGAAGACAAGUUUUCAGUUGGUAAUUGGUUAACACUGAUAGCAAACGCUGGUGCUGUGUCCAUGAAAGGUGAUACUGCAUACGGACUGAAUAUGGAAGCGAACCUGCUUGAAAAAGACUAUCCCAUGGGUCAAGGUAUUGCAACUCUGGGUGCAUCCCUGGUAAGGUGGCAUAAAGAAUGGACUAUGGCAGCAAACAUGGAUUCCCAGUUCUCUGUUGGAAGGACUUCAAACAUGGCAGUUCAUGUUGAUAUGAACAACAAACUAACUGGACGAGUGAGCAUCAAGGCCAACAGUUCAGAACAUCCGAAGAUUGCUCUACUAGGUAUCUUUUCGGUGGCAAUGUAUCUGUGGAACAGGAUGCAUCAGAGAGGAGGCAACGCUUGCAGAGUAUUGCUGGAGGUGACGAUGGAUCAAGCUAUCUGAAAUGUUAAGUGCAACUAAGUUGGAGGAGGCUGCUAUUCUUGACACUGUUCUGAUGCUUCACUUGAAGGAGGCAUAGGUGUGGCUGCAAGCCAACUGUCUCAAAACAAAGAGGAUUGCGAGUUUGACAGAUUGUUGAGUAACGUAAUUUCUUCCUUCGCUGCACCCUUGCAACUUUUUUCGCUGACCUAUGCACCUGGUCAGGCAGAUAUAAUGCAUUUUUCCUCAUUGAAGCAGUAAACUGGUACUUAAAUAAGUGAUGGCCAUGUGUUCAAUAAGGAAAACACAAGUGUUCCCCCAUGGUGGUCAAGACUCAGAGAUAGUUGAAAGCUGGGAGCCUUGAAACUCGAAAGACCAAAGUAUUUGUGCUGUUUAGCUAGAAUGAUUCAAAUAAUAGUUCGUUUGUAACCAUGUCAGAGGAAUUUCUUUUAGCUGGGCACGUCUUCUACUCUGCUUCAGGCAAUGUGCAGUGGUACAAUCUUCUAGUUCAAGUCUAAUAUUUAAUCGUCUCAGAUUUUUGUGUGGAGUUCUGAGAUGUGAAACUGAAGAAACAAAUAUCAACACACAAUUAGAAUUCCGAUGUCGUCCUUCACUGUAA